UAUUAGCACUUCCGAGCGGUACACUGUUGUACGAAUACAGAGCCAGAAUUGUUGAUAGGCUGCUUGGUAUGAGAACACACGUCCGGGACAGGCAUUGAUAAAACGGGAGAUAUGCGCCUCAACAGCUCUUGCACAGACUCAGCAGAAUUAAGGAUCACUGCCAUGAAGACCAGACUCGGAUGUUUUUCCCGCAAGUCUGACUCCUACAGUGACUUCUCCGAGUUCCUGCCUCCAGCCCAUGAAACCACUGCCAGAUGUGUGAAAUUGUCGACAGAAGAGGUCGUUCAAUGGUCCCAUUCCUUUGACCAAGUUGUUUCUCACAAAUAUGGCCUAGCUGCCUUUCGGACAUUUCUGAAAACCGAGUUUAGUGACGAGAACAUCGAGUUCUGGAUGGCCUGCGAAGACUACAAAAAAAUCAAGAAUUCUACCAAACUUACAUCAAAAGGAAAUAAGAUCUUCAAGGAAUUCAUUGAUGUUCAGGCACCAAGAGAGGUAAACAUUGACUAUUGCACCAGGGUGGAGACCAAACAGAGCCUGGAGGAUCCCUCGCCGAGCAACCUAAAUGAGGCUCAAGCCAAAAUAUAUAGUCUCAUGGAAAAAGACUCCUACCCACGAUUCCUCAGAUCAAAGAUGUACCUGGAUAUUGUCAAAAGAACACACGCCCACAGCCAACGGAGAUCUGUUUGAUCCGAAUGAAAGACAAGUUCAACGGACAUCAACGUUGCAUCUAUAUGUUUAAUAUUUAAUGCUCAGAUUUGUAUUUAAUUGAAUCUGCAAACUUGUGACAUGCAUGACUACACCACUUUGUCUGCACCAGUUCCAAAAGUGAAAUAGCUAAGUUGUAUUACUCAGUUUUUUUGUAAGGUCAUUCUCAACCGAAGAGCUGUCAUCUGCUAAACAUUACCUCAACAAAAAUAACAAGUACAAGAAUACAACCAUCAGUAACUUUGUAUAAUGAACCUAUUAUAGAUGCUCUAGUGUAUUGUAGAUCCAACAUUGUAAUGAAAUGAUAACAUAAUAAAUAAUAAAAUAAA